AACUUGAAGUGAUGAACUUAUGCCAGGACUCCAGAAGUAAUGGCGGAUACUGAAAGCAGUGAACCACCGAAAAUGGUCGUCAAAUUUCGAGCAAGAGACUACGCCGCAGAAGCAAAGGCACAUUCUCUCCCUCGAAUUCCGGCCGAUCUUCAUCCUCUCUCCUCUACUCCUUCUCUCUCUCCUCAGGUUGAUGUUAAAGAUGAAGAGAAGGAUGACACUUUUGAUCCUUUACGAGCACCACGUGGCAGCAUAGUUGUGCCUUCCAAAAACUCAGAGGAUGCUCCAUAUGCUUCUAAAUCAGAUAUCUCAAGCAGUUAUGUUCAACCUCUCGGGAAAGAUUGGACCACAUUUAAGAAAUUUUUGGUGCAGAAGUUUCCUCCUUCUAAGACGGUUGCAGUUUCAUCGGCUGCUGAUUUGGUGGUCGGAAAUCAUAAGGCAUAUGAGAAAUUGAAUACGCAUUUGGAUGAACUGGAUGAUCCACAGGGAUCAGCUGUUGAGGAUGUAAAAUUUAUCACACAGCAAGAGUAUACUGCAAGAUUAAGUGAAAUGAAGAAUGAAAUUCUUUGUACUUGGGCUGCUGGUGAUCAUUUUAAAUCUCUGAAGUUAUCUGUUAAGGUUGCUAGGCUAUUGAGGGAUACGGCUUUGCUGCAAUUUUAUCCAACCUUGUUUACUCUUGCUACUGACAUAUUGGAUAUGCUUGGUGAUAUGGUAUGGGAGCGCAUCAAGCAGAAGGCCGAAUUUUCAGAAGAUGGUUCACAGAUUCAUGCUUUGCCAGAGGAUUUCCAAGCGAGUGAUGUUUGCUCAGAUGCAAAAGAAACCUGUCACAAUUGGUUUUGCAAGAUCGGUUCCAUACGUGAUCUGCUGCCUCGAAUCUACUUGGAGCUUGCUAUAUUGCCUUGUUGGCGUUUUUUACUUGAUGAUACCACUGAUGUAAUCCAACGCUUGCUGGCGAUGAUGCGUGGGCUAGGCAAUCCCUUGGCAUCUGCAUAUUGUCAUCUAUAUAUGGUCUACUGUGUUCAGAAAUUACCUUUAUGCCAAAAUGGGUAUCUUGUUACUUGCAUUAAAGACAUUAAUCGCAUGAUGGUACCUCUUGUUGCAUCGAAAGAAACCACAGAAGGUAGAAACACCCAGAAUAAUCAAGUCCUUGUUCACCUCAUGGAACCAUCCAUGUGGUACAUCAUGAAAUGCUUAUUUAAGGAUCAUCAGCAAGGAUGCAAUACACUUUUCAAGCUUGGAAUCACAAGGAAUUUAUCAGAGUUGUUUGGCGAACAUUCUUGUGUCUCACUCAAUCUUCAUCAUCUACUUAAGGAACUCCCACCUGAGGCUGUUAGAUCUAAUAUUCUGCACAUUCUUGACCUCAUUGAGUGCGGCAUUGGUUCAUCCUUUGAUCAGUGUAUGAAUUUCCGGCUCCUUGGAUUCAGGCUUUAUGAAACAGACGCUCCUGUGGAGAUCGUCAAUGUGGUUUUGGAGCGAGUGAUUCAGGAUGUUAUUGAGUACCAAGUCCUGGAUGAUUACCUAAAAGUCAUAGAUGGUUAUGUUGAUGUUGUUCUUCAGAAUCAGAUGAAAAUUCAAUUGGAAGGGCUACUUGAGAGGAUUGCAGAGCGAGCAUGCAACAAAUGGAUAAAAGACAGUGAGCUCGAGAGCUUGCAGUCUGUUUUUAUCAAGAUUCUUAGUCAUACAAAGUGCUUGGAAGAUAUUAUAGAGCUGAAUUUCUUUGCUGAAAUCAUGGAUGUCAUGCGUGGGACUUCAAAGAAUGCCAUCAAUAUGCGUAUUCUUGAAAUUGCUACCAGGAAUGGAUGUAUCUGUUGUCCGACUACUAUACAGUUCCUUUUCGAAGUUUGUCAGGGUCUGCAUAAUGCCAAGGGCUCUUCAGACAUGCUGGACAGUGAUUAUCAACCUUUGGAGCGUUUAUGCUCUCGUUUUGUGCAAAUGGUUGAUUUUGGGACUGAGUGGGAACGUCACCUGGCAUUUUUGAUUGAGUGUCGUGCAACUUUUGCUAGUGCAGAUGAAAUCAAGGAAACUCUUGUUCAUCAUGCAAACUGCUUAGUGAUGAAAGCUUUGAAGGAUUCAAAGCAACUUGUCUGUUUUGGCAAGUCCUGUUUAGCAUUUUCUGAAGCUACAAUUCCUUCUAUUGUGACUCCUGUAAAGCAGUUAUAUCUAUAUCUUGAGACUGCUGAGGUUGCAUUGACCAGCGGCUUAGUUUGUCAUUCAGAUGGAUUAAUAGAUUCAACUUUAAGUUCUCUUCAAAAUUUUGUUGCUGAGGAUUCAGGGACACUGCUUGAUGUUGGUAGAAUCAUCUGCAUAAUACAAAAACUGUGCAGCCUUUUGAUCAUGGUUCCAGGUAACCCUAUGCGUGGAGUCACGUACAUCCCAAAGAGCUUACUCUCACUGGUUAAUUCUCACUCAUUGCAAAAUAAUGCUAGAUUAAGAGUCAGAACAUUGUGCGCAAAUAUUAUUUUGCUGGCAGCAUUAUCACAGCAUAAACUCCCAUAUAGUCCUUGUGGCACGAAAGAGGUUCCUGGUAAUGACAUCCUGUAUUUUGAUGAUCUGUACUACCAUGAGGAGCUUGCAUCUAUCUCUAGUCACAUUCUUCAGGACUUUGUUCAUGCAGUUAAGGAAGAAGCUUCCCCGAUUGCUCGGGGAAGCCUUGCACUUGAUGCUUGCAACUGUAUUGUAUCAGCCCUCCAGAUAGAUGACAACGUAUUAAGUAUCUGCAAUGAAUUGGUGGAGAUUGCCCGGUCUUGUUUGAGCACGAAUCACAAGUACUUAUUGUCAACAUCUAACUUCUUUGUUGCCAAUCAAAUGCGUAGCGUUACAAUAUCCAGUAGCUGAUAGUAUGUAUAUAUAUCAUGUAAUCAGUGUUUUUGGUUUCAGUUAUGUAUCAAGGCAAUAUGGUUAUAUGUGAUGUGUAUAUUACAAGUACUUUAAAUAGAUAGAGUAAUUGUUCUAGAUGCAUUGAUCUUACUAGUUACUACAGUCUACAGCUUGUUUGAGGUAUUUGCGUAGUAACUCAAGCCUUGUUAUUUCAUAGCAUGCCUCAACUGUGACUUAUAAGUGUUUAAUUGCGAUUCAUCUCUUGAAAGCCAAGCAUUUUGAACUUCAAA